UUCAUCUAGACAGGGAAAGUUGGCCCCACAGUAAACGUUUUUGUCCAUCUACUGGGAUGGAGCUUUGAUUCUUUAAAGCUAUCUUCUAUACUUGUUCAGAGUUGUUUAUUUCAUCUCUCUAGCUGAAGCAAAUCCAACUUGCGAAAUUGGGAUCCCGUCUUUUCUGGGCCUUUAAUUCUAUUUAUUUAUUUUUAUGUUUUUCCGGUGAGAUUUGGCCGGAGAAUGGCGUAUAUGUGUGCAGAUAGUGGCAAUUUAAUGGCUGUUGCCCAACAAGUGAUCAAGCAGAAGCAACAGCAAGAACAACAGCAGCAGCAGCAACAUAACCAGCAGCAACAGCAGCUUUUAGGGCUAAAUCCUUUUUCUUUAAACCCUUGGACGGCUAACCCCAUGUCGAAUUCUCCGAAUUUGGGUUAUGGUCUAGGCGGGUCGGCCUUUCCGGACCCGUUGGAUGCCGGAGAAGCUGCGUUUCAGUUUCCUCAAAUCGACCACUCCAGUGGGUUUAGGUUUUCUGAUUUUGGCGGUGGGCCUGGUGGUGAGUUUGAUUCAGAUGACUGGAUGGAGACUUUGAUGGACGGUGGGCACUCAACGGAUAGUUCUAAUCUUCCAUCAGGCUGUGACGCGUGGCAAAACAAUGCUGAUUUUGGGCUUUAUUCGACCGAUCCCUUUGCCAAUUGCCCGAGUCGACUCAGCGGGGUUUGUUCUUCGCCGUCCGAUCUCAACCAAGUUAUCUUCACGGAACCUCAAAAGAACAUAAUCCCUGCAGUAUGGACAUCAACACCGCCACCUUCUUCCCCUCCGCGUUCCUUGUCGGCGGCCAAAGAAACCGAGCCAACAAGUGCUCCUGUAGUACAGCCAGGUGUACUCAAAAAUCAAGCUGAAGGUGCCUCAGCUUCCAUCAGCAUGCCGGAAAAUGACACAACACAACCAAUUAUAAAGGCUUUAUUGGACUGCGCUCGACUCGCUGAGUCUGAACCGGACCGAGCUAUUAAACUGCUGAUUAAGCUUAGAGAGUCAGUAUCUGAACGCGGAGAUCCAAUUGAAAGAAUGGCGUUUUACUUCACUGAAGCUCUCUACAGCAAAGUCUCUCUGCAAGCACAGAAAACAGAAUCCUCCCUGGAGACAAACUGUGGAGAUUACAUUCUCUCUUACAAAGCCUUAAACGAUGCCUGCCCCUAUUCAAAGUUUGCACAUUUAACAGCUAAUCAAGCUAUACUUGAAGCUACUGCUGAAAGAAAUAAGAUUCACAUAGUUGAUUUUGGAAUUGUUCACGGAGUUCAAUGGGCAUCUCUGUUACAAGCUCUCGCCUCUCGGCCAGAAGCAAACGCACUCAGUAUUAGGAUCUCGGGUAUACCCGCACCGGUUCUUGGCAAGUCACCUGCUGCUUCUCUCAUUGCUACGGGUAAUCGUCUCUGUGAGUUUGCUAAAGUUCUGAAACUAAAAUUCGAGUUCGAGCCCAUUUUGACUCCAAUUCAGCAACUCAAUGCUUCAUGUUUCAAAAUUGAGCCAGAUGAGGUGUUGGCUGUGAACUUCAUGCUUCAGUUGUACAAUCUAUUAGAUGAUAACCCAGUUAGCGUAGAGACUGCUCUGAAAAUGGCCAAAUCUUUAAACCCCAAAGUGUUAACUCUUACCGAGUAUGAAUCAAGUUUGAACCGAGUGGGCUUUGUUACCCGUGUGAAGAACGCUUUGAAGUAUUACUCAGCUGUGUUUGAGUCGGUAGAGCCAAACAUGGCACGAGAUUCAACAGAGAGACUACAACUGGAGAGGCUAAUACUUGGCCGGAAAAUUGCUGGUCUGAUUGGAGCUGAAGGUGUGGGCAACAGAAGAGAACGUGUGGAGAACAAGGAACAAUGGAGGGUUCUGAUGGAGAGUGCGGGAUUCGAGCCGGUUCCUUUCAGCAAUUAUGCACGUAGUCAGGCUGACAUACUGUUAUGGCACUAUAAUUACAGUACCUUGUACUCAUUAAUUCCGUCUCAACCGAAGUUUCUAUCUCUGGCAUGGAACAAGGUGCCUCUUCUCACCGUUUCAUCCUGGCGUUGAUUCAUGGUCGGUGGGUUUUCAGUUUUCUGACAUAAAUGUCUUAGUUUUCACCUUAUAUGAAUUGAUCUCAGACUGAUUCCUGGUUUCAUUAUUUAGUGAUGUAACAGGCUGUUUAUAAUAUUAAUAGCAAUCAAGCAAUUUACUUCAUGACUAUUCUUCCUCUUGUUUUAGUCUUUUUGAGUUUCUAGCUGUACUUUGUUGGGCUUAGAGUUGCCUAAAAGUAUCAUAAAAAAGUGAAUUCAAAA